AUGCAGAUCGCACCCGGCCACAUAGUGCGCGACUUCUCAACCGCGUCUGCAUACCAGCCCGACCCAGAUGACAUCAGCGUCUCGCUCGCCACAUGCGCGCCUCUCCCCGCCCUCUCCGAACCCCUCCCCACAUCUGCUUCCUGCCCUCCCCCUGCGACCACCGAGCACCGAGAACUGCUCCGACGAGCCGUGCCGGUUCUUCAGCGGCGUUGCGCGCGCCGUCAACUUGGCAGCCGGGGAGCGGUCCCCGCACGGACGGACGCACAUCCCAUCCCGCAUCUGCAGGUCGCCGCCGGUUUCAAGUCCCGAGGGAGCGGGCGUGCGCGGCUUCAACCGGGGCGCGCCUCUGUCCGUGUAGAGAGGAGCAGCUUGGCGGACGCUCGUGAGCAGCUUUUAUGGGAUGCGGGAAGGCCGAGAGCGCGCGCGCACGAUGAGUUGCGCUUCGUACUGCACCUCGGCAUGCCGUUGUCGGCGUCGACCAUGCCUCCCCGCCCAUCCUUUCCCGAACCCGAACAGCGCGCGAUCGCGUGCUGCGUGCGGCGCGCAUUGGAGCGAGUGGAAAGCCCCUGCGCGACUGCCGCGUCGACUCGCAGGACUGGCGUCGUGGACGCCGUCGUUGCGCGCGGAGCAGGCACCCUUGCGUCGGGCAGCCCUUGGCCGGAGGCUCUGCGUGAUGGGCACUGUUUGGGCGCUGUGGACGAGAGGAGUCUGAGUUCGACGAGGCGCAGACGGCCGGCGCGGAAGGUACCGGUGUGGCAGCAGCGCGGGGCUUUGUUUGAUGCACGUCUGCGGGGUUUCCGCGCCUAG